AUGGAUCCCAUCUCCACCUUUUCCCUGGCCGUCAACGUCCUCACCUUGGUUGACAUGGCCGUCAGGACAGGGAAGACACUCAGCGAGUUGUACAAGUCGACUUCGGGCUUUACCAGAGUAUCUCAAGAGCUCAUCCAGGCCACCGACCAAUUCGAGAAGGCGCUCGCUGGUCUCAAUUCCGUAAACCCCCAGCCUGCCACUGCGCAGAUCUCGGGAACCGACGAAGCAACGGCCGCUAAGCAAUGCAGAGACACGAUUCAAGCACUGAAAACUCUUAUCGAUCAAAGCAGGGCCGCCAAACAGUCUUCAGUCCGUACCGCCAUGAAGAGCUUCCAGCAACACCUGGCCAUCAAACUGAACGCGAUCAGCGACGAGUUCCCCAAGCUUGACGAGAGCCUGAAAUUGAUCGAAACGAUUAAAGAAGCAAUUGUCCUGGCCGAAGAUUCCUUGAAGGCGAUGAAUUACGCUGCAAUCCUCGCAGCGCUACGCCCAGCUACCGUCGAUAAACGAUCAAUGAUCCAGAUGCCGAUACCUUUUCCUGGAUCCUUGGCGACGGCAAGACGGAGAAUCAUUCUGAAAGCCGGGGUCGGGAAAAUCGACUUUAAUGAACAAAAGACGAUGCGCGGUCUGGUCAGGGGGAUCCUCUACGACGUCCUGAGGGGAAACCCCGAGGUAGCACAUGUUGUUUUUCCGGAGCACUGGGCCCCAAACCGUAAACUGCACAACUGGGCCAAGUGCGACAAUGUUAAGCUCUGCGUCUCGAGUCGCGAAGAGCCACCGAUAAUGAAAGCGUUCCUUUCAGCCCGUCGCGUCACUCUCCAUACAUUGACCCGUCCAGAUGUCAUGGCGCUCGUCCGUAACAGACUCGAAUUGAACCCGCAUUUCCAAACCCUUGCGCAGUCAGAUCCCACUGGCAUAUCAAGCUCGACGUUCCAGUCGUUGAUAGUCCACAAUGCCGAAGGUGUCUAUAUGUGGUUUGUUCUCCUGCUAAAGCUAGUGGAAGAGGAACUCGCGAUUGGAUCGUCGUUCCCAGCGCUCCAGCGCCUUGUCGAGACAACACCACAGGACCUAGACCAGUUCUUUGCCAGAAUCCUGGAGAGCGUUCCCAAACACCAUUCCAGGGGAGCUUAUCUUGUCUUUGCCAUGAUGCUGGUGGUCCGCCAAGACUACUACGACGUUUUGAAUUUCCCCUUCCGUCCGCCGCGGAUUGUUGAUUCGCUCGACGAGAAACGGCACAGUCGAGGUGUGGACUACAUCCUAAUCGACUCUCGCAAGGUCUACGCACUCUUGUGCACGGCGUUUGCGGAGGAGCUCAAUUCGAGCGUCUCGUCGUCGAUGCCACUCCUCCGUGCCCUCGUAACCCGCGGCGCCGACUUGUAUCUGCCGCUGAAUGACGACGAGACGAUGAUCCAUUUCCUCUUUCAGUUUCCACAAGCAUGA